CGGAAGUUAGUGUUGCCUCUUGCUCCUCCUUCAACGUCGCUAGUUUGGAGGAAAGAGAGCUUUGAAGAGUGGUUAACAUUACGCAUGCUGGAUUAUUUAGAGGCUGAUGGUUCUGCUGUCCCCUCAAAGUCAUUUUUCGGGUUAACUGGCAGUUGAUUUGACUUGCCGGUUGUACACGCGCCGAAAUGAUGAGCAGACACACGUUACAGUGUAUCGGCACGUCUACAACAGGUCGCUCGGACUCAAAGGGAACGUGUGCCACACAACACGAGACCGGAGAACCAGCACGUAGGCCUAGUGAGUUCCUCCACAGAAAUUCAGGGUCAGUGGUAAGGCCAGUCCCAAAAGCUGGUACAAAAGAUCAGAGAAUGACCAAGACGACUGCUACCAGUUCCCCAAAAGCUAAGCAAAAUGGGUCUUGCACUAUGAGGCAUAGAAGUGGAAAACAAACAGUGGUGGACAAAGUAAAAGUAAAAAACAGAAACACAGUUUCUUUCCUACACAGUCUUGGAGAGCGUGCCAGAUCCACACAUGGGGCAGAGAGCAGGCAUGCGGCAGUCAAACAGCCUGUCCCUGCCGCACCACUUCAGCCUCCGCUCUCCUCGCUAGUAGGCACCAUGAGGCCACCACUGAGCUCUCCCCCUCCAGCGUUGGCAGAGGAGGGUGAGGAGCAGGUGGGUACAGCGGCAGUGGUGGGGCCUCCUUUGGUGCCACUCGUGGUGCCCUCGCCCCCCUCACUGGAGGUGCGUGCCCACAGCAGGGGUGCUCCUGAUGCCAAGGGAGGACUGCAGGGGGGUCAGAGCCCUAGUGAGGAGGAGGAUGAUGAUGAGGAAGAGGAGGGUGAUGACGAAGAUGAGGAGAGCAGCGAUGAGAAUCAGGAGCCGCAGCGCACCGCACCUUUAGAACUGAUGGCUGAGUUCUUGAAGGCGGUGAUGGAGAAAGACUACCUCUUGUCUCAGAAACUCUGCCAGAUGAUUCUUAUUUAUGAGCCAGAGAACCCAGAAGCCAGGCUGUUCCUGCCCCUUAUUGAAGAAAGGUUACUGAUGGCGCAAGAGGCCGAGGAGGAGAGGAAGAAAGAGGAGGAGGAGAAGGGAUCUAGUAGUGGAGAAGAUGAAGAGGAUGAAGAGGAGGAUGACACUAGUGACGAUGAUGACGGUGGUGGUGAUGAUACUGAUGAUGACAGUAGUGAAGGGGACACCGAUGGCUCUGGCAGCUCUUCGUCCUCGUCCUCUGAAGAGGAAGACGAAGAGGACUCAAACACAGACGUGAGGAGAUCAGGUGAAGAGCAGGAGCGCUGUAAAAGAGCAGCCGUCUUGCCAUAGUGGUUUUGAGCAGCAGUCUUACCGUAGUAGUUUGGUUCGACCUAGGUGUGGCUGUCCUGCUCACCAUUGACUGUUACUCUGCCUCUGCAUGUGAGUUGCAUACAUGCAGUUUUAUAUAAAAUAUAAAUGCCCGCACAAAACAGAAAAAGCACCUUUGAUCUUGUUUUUCUUAUAUCUGUGAUAAAAUAAUUAUAAUAAUAAUAAUAAUAUAAUAAUGCUUAUCUGCAGCGUAUUACGGUAUGCUUUGUGGUGCAUGCAGGAACGAUACAUGGUUGCAUUUCUGGAAAGCGUAGUUGCUAACUAUGUUAGCUAUUUUGUUGGUUGCAAUGCAAUUUCCCAUAGGCAACUACCGAAGUUGCUAACUGCUCACAACUACAACUUUCCAGAAAUGCACCCCAGAUCUGGUUGCCCCCUUCCUUCCCUCACAGCCUUCCUUCCCGCACAGCAGACAUUCAAUAAAGUCAUACCAGUAAACGGUCAGAAGUCAUCAAAGUAUGUCAAGUACACUGUACUAAAUGUCAAUCUUUAUUUACCAUCCCUGUCUUGGAAUAAAACAUCAAAGAAAAAAGGA